UUCGAAUACUAACUUUUAAAAGUGGGAUUGUUAAAGAUAAGUGACGCUGUCCACGCUGAAUAUAUGAUAUUGAUUCUUAUAACCUGGUUUUAUCAAAACAACGGUUAUGGGAUCAGGACCAUCGAAGCGUAAAGAACAAUCUUCCGGGCGGCAAAAUGAGAAAGUCGACUUCAUUAAAAAACAGGGCGAACAAGAUGACGAAGAUCAAGUUUCCAUUUCCAGUGAUGAUUUCGAUAAAGGAAACAAAAAGAAUAUAAUUGGAAAGAACACAGAUUUUGGGAAGAUACAAACAAUUAUCGAGGGAAUUAUGGAAGUUCUUGGUUCAUCGGAAGAUUUUAGUGAAACAGGGAUUCUCACAAAUUUAAGGCAAGCAGUCAAGAUAUAUUUUGCUUUGAAAAGAACUAGACGAGACGAUCUCAACGCAAUUUGUAACAUAAUGCUCAGGAAAGGUAUACUCGAUGUGUUCAUACGAAUGUGGGAUCAUUUUCAUCUAAAUCCAGAAGAUUUUUACAGCAACGCCACAACUCUAAAUUUCAGAAUCAUGAAACAGAUGAAAUUAUUACUUUGGAAUUACUCAGAUAAAUGUGCUGAUCUUCCGAAAGCUAUUUCCAAAAAAGGAGAAGUUGUUAGGAGAUUAAUGAAAGAACUAACGAUGCCUGAACUUGGUGUGGGAAAUUUGAAACGACAACAACUACGAUACAUGAUCAAGGGAACUCUUUCUAUUUUAAUGAAUUGUGUGCGACAUUGCAACAAAAUCAAGAUUCACAUUCGAAAAAACAAUGGAAUAGAUACACUGCUUGCGUACGAAAAAUCAACAUAUCUUAUCAUCAAAGCAGAAGUGUAUAUUUUACUUGCUUAUUGCAUUACGGAGGAGGAAAAUACUAGAAUUGUGACAGGUUCUGGGGUGAUAGGAUUUAUUGUCAACUUGCUAUCGUCAGCAGUGGCAUCGCCAAAUCAUGUUGCCAAAAAUAAUUUGUUUUCGGCACAAGAAACGGUCAUUGCCUUAAACAAAUUAGCGCAGAAUGAUGAAAACAAGAAAACAAUCGUCGAAGCUGGCGUUUUACCAAUUUUAACUAGACUGUUAUCAGAUGAAAAGAAAACUACCCCAGAAGAACAGUACGAAACGAUAAAUUGUAUUUGGACGUUAGCUUUUCACACAGACAAUAAAGAUAGAAUAAUUAACGAGCCUUGCUUGAUUGACAUAACGAAACGUCUUAAGCUGCGCUCAGGGAUGGAUGCAAGAGCUAAACUGCACAAAGCAUGUUGCAGUUUGUUAUUCAUCCUCGACUUGGAAGAGAGAUUAUACGAAGAAGAGUUGAAGCCACAUACAAAAACAAAGCACGUCAUGCUUAGUUAUAACUGGGAAGUCCAAGAAACUAUGAUUAAGCUUCGUGAAUACUUGAGACAAAAAGGAUAUGAAGUUUGGAUGGAUGUGGAGAAAAUGCAGGAUUCGAUUUUAUCUGUAAUGGCGGAAGCCAUUGAAAAUGCAGCAAUUGUACUCGUAGCAAUGACCGAAACGUACAAAAACAGUAACCCCUGCAGAACCGAAGCUGAAUACGCGUACAGAAGAGAAGUUGCAAUUCUUCCUCUGCUCCUGCAAUCUGAGUAUGUAGCGGACGGUUGGCUAGGAGCCAUGGUUGGAACAAAACUCUACGUCGAUUUGUCUGGAGGGUUUCAUGAGAAGAAAUUUGCUGAGGUUGCUCAACAAAUAUCUGGCAUUGUUUCAUCAUCCAAAAUCUUAGAACAUAAUCCAGUUCUUGCCAAACCAGUUAAUGCUUCAACAUUAUCAAUACAAUCAAAUGAUGGUGGUGGAAACGGUCCGCAAGAAAGCUUACUUGGAUUUUCAAUAUUGCAAUACAAUAUACCAUGUAAUAAUUGGAGCAAACAAAAAGUAUUAGAAUGGUGCAAGUGUAUGGGACUAAAAGAUCAAGAUUCCUUUCCGAAAUUAGAUGGUGCAUCUUUGUCACAGCUAUGCAAAAUGCUUAUACGCAGUCCAGAUAAUUACUAUUCUGUACUGCGAAAUGAUUUUCAUUUUAGUGCUGAAGAUGUAUUGAUUAUGACAGAUGCUGUUGAGGAGUUAUUGGCAAAUAAGUUGCUAGAACGCGAUUAAAAAGUUAGUCAACGUUUUAGAAGUAGAUUAUUUUUCCAUCCUCAUUGUGAUUAUUGAGGUUUUAUUUUCAUUCAGUAACUGAAAUGACUAUACCCGGGCUUGUAGCCUGUAUAUGUGACCGCAACGAAACAGUACAUUCGGCAGAUGAAGUAGAAAUGGCACAGCGCUAAUAUCAAUGUACCGGUAUACUGCCUAACGACCUUUUAUAGACUCUGACAUCAGUUCACAACCUUGCGGAAGCAAUUAUGCCCUGAUAUGGCAAGGAAAUUGCGUCAGAGGCUGUCUUGCGUAUUCGUGGGUAUAUUUCUAUUUUGACGUACCUGGUACUUAUUUUCGAUGACUACUGAUACGUGUUCCAUGAAAAUGAGAUGCCCCGGAUAUAAUGUCAUAUUUAUCUGAAUUGAAAUGACUGAAACUCUUACGUAUUAAACAUACUUUGUGUUUCAAAAUAGAGAGAGACACGGAAAAAUGUAGGAAGUACUGGACUGCUACAUGAAAUGAGUAAUUUGAAACACGCUUGAGAGGGCGAUGAAGUAUGGCACCGGUAUUAAUACAAAUGGACGAGGUUGUUAUUACAGCUCUGUAAUGUCGGGGAAUUAAACGAUUAGGCUGGAAGUCAUAAAUGCCUUUACUUCAAUUCAUUCGUCAUUUGGAAACAGGGAACGAAUUCUAUGUAUAACACCAUUCUAUUUUUGUAGGACAUGUGCAGUUGCUGCGCAUAAUCCUAAUCUGUAAUCUUUUUCGUUUGUUGGACAAACAAGGAUAUAUCGAAUGAGUGAUUAAAAUUUGUUUGCUUUUACCUGCCUUGUCGUUCUUGAUAUCUCUACAUACUAUUGUCUUCUAUGCAUGGUACAAAGUCAAGCAUCGAAUAAUAUUGAACAAUUUAAAUUUGAACUUAGAAGACAGUCACAAAGAGUAAUGAAAAUUCCAGCGCAUUUUAUUACAAGAUGAAUAUAUAAUAAUAAUUUCCAAAGUACAGCAAGCCAAUUCAUACCAAUGACAGUAUAAGCGCAAAUUCAACUGAUCAAUGGAAUUACAUGUAUAUCUUAUAAGAACACGAUCGAUCCUCUAACACUUUAUCACGGCUCAAGUCACGGAUAUGAUUCACUUAUAACAUGCAAUCUAACUUAUAAUUGGACUAGGCACAGGAUAGAAAUAGACCAUUCCAUUUUUGGUGGUUAUAAAUAUUUUGAUGUUGAGUAACGUUUCUUGAACAAAUGAAACUAUUGGUCAUAAAGGCAUUUGAAUAAACAAAACAGUGAUAUGGCUUGAAAAAUAAGGAUAACAUAUUACCAUCACAUUAGAUUUCUAGAAUCUAGCAGAAAAGAAAACAAAUUUUCUCAAUUUUUAUCGACGACAAAAUAUGCGCCAAAUCGCGCUAUUGAUAGUCACAGAUCAUUUUGUAGGCUAUAGAAUUAUUCUUAUUUCCCAUACUAAAUUUUGGACAACUUCAAAAUGAAUACUGGAAUUGUAUCUUUGUUAAAUGAAUGGGAUAGAGUUGUACAAAACAAUAUUUGAGUACGAAUAUAGAAUUACCAGUUCAAAUUCGACUGCAGUAGAUUUUAUUUAUAUACAAAAACUUGCUUUGCUUCAUUUCAUAUUAUGUAAUCUUAAUAACAAUAUAAAAAUAUAAUGCUGUAAUAUACAUACUACUUAUUAAGCGUGCAUAAUCACAUUAUACGGUACUAUCAAUAGGAACAAAUUUGCUCUUGACGUUGGAUUGUGAAAUAAGAAAUAGUGUUAUCUAUGAAACAUGUAAGUGCCAUGAACUCAAUCUAUCUAACCCAUGACCAAAUUUGUGGAAAUUAUACAAUAAAAAGAGUGAGCUUAAGCAAGCAUAUCUACUGAAAAAAACAAGAUCAUGUAAUUAAAAUAAGAAAUAGGGCACUGUUGGUGUCCUAAUAUUCUAUAAUAUGUACAGAUGCAUAAUCAAACAUAUCCGUGACUGGCCUAUUACAUAGUGCAGCUUCCCAAAGGAAAUGGUUUAUAUUUUUGUGUGUGCUAAUUAUCCCAGGAAAAGAGAAAAAAGUCAGAGCAAAUUGGGAAUCUAUUCAAAAAAAAAAAUGAUUGAAUGUUUUCAGUUAGAUUCUAUAUGCAGUAACAGACUGGCAUAUUUUCCUUUCAUAAAUCAAAACUGAAUAUCAAAAUAACAACAAAACGUGACUAAAAAUCAAUCAGGACAUGAUUUUGUGAAUUUAUAAAGCCAUUAUAAUCCGUCAAGUCAAUUUCAGCUGUUGUUCUCUUUCCAUAUUCAAACUAUUUGCAACAUAUUAUUUUGAUUCAAUCGUUUUAUGAUGAAAUGCAUAAAAUUAUUAAUUCCUUUUUUGGUGAUGAAUCAUGAAAUAUUACAUAAUCGUGCGCGGCAUAGCUAGUCAUCAGUAUACCAGAGGAAUGUGUCAUGAAGUGACUUGAAGAAUCAAUUAUUUGGCCCAGAAAUACUGGAAUACGAAUUUAUACAUUGGCAAAAUACUUAUACUGCAUAAUUAGAAGCAUUUAAUAGAAACAUGAUCAACCAUUGGCUAGAUAUUAUUAAAGUUAACGAAACAUCCAUAGUAUAUACAAAAUUUGAAAUUUAGAGUGCAAUGCAUACAUUCAGGAUAGAAAUUAAUAACACACAUAUGUAAAAAGUUCUUGAAAUUAGACACGUUAAAAUUAAAACAUAAUUAAAAUAACCUAGAUACAUUAUUCUAUAAAAUGUUAAUUAAGAAAUAUAGUCAUCAAAAUGGCCAGUUAUAUUUCAUCAAAAAUCAAAGAAAUAUGGAGUAGAAAAGUAUCAUUCCUUCAAUUCUUAUAGUAUUUUAAACAAGGAAUUCGAAGCUACCCUUGUGUAAAUGGUAACAAAUUUAAUAAUUAGGUUCUGAUAUAAA